AUGGACGACGAGGGCGGCAGUGACAGGCUUGGCGGCAGCUCUACGGGGCUACUGGCGACGUCUCAGGGCGGCCAUUGGGCGGCGGCGGCGGUCGGAAAGGGCGUGCGGCUCAAGAAGCACCAGGCUUCGGGCACCACUGUGGUUGUCUUCAUCUACGACACCGACCCAACCGCCCACGUCUCCAAGCAGUUUGAGUUCUUCAUGCGUCAGGUAGCAAAGCGCAAUGACACGGUCCGCUUCGUCAAGAUGGACAAUGUCGACGCCGAAAUCGAGGAUGCUGGCGUCCCUGCCAUCCUGGCCUACAGGGGUGGCGACAAGGUCGGCGACAUUGUCGCUCUCGUCGACCAGUUUCCCGACGACUGCGAGCUCAGUGCUGUCAGCCUAGAGACGCUGAUGAGGCAACAUCGCAUCCUCUGA